UUGCCCCGCGAGCUUGCCGCGAGUCCAGCCAGGCCGAGUCGAGCCACGCAGCGCCGUUGAAGCCCCAGCGCCGCCCAGCGCGCGGGGCGCCUCGCGUACCGCAGCGUGUGUUUGUGUACAGUCGCCAUGGCGGUCCUCGACAAGGUGCUCCGGCUCCUGGCCGUCGUCGCCGUCCUGGCCGCCGCCGAGUCCAGAGCGGUCAACAUCAGCAACACGUGGGUGCUGCCCGAGGACGGCUUCCCCGUCUUCUUCCGCUACUUCCGGGACCGGAUCAACUGGUUCGAGGCGGACGCCGUGUGCCAGUUCCACCACGCCAACCUCGUCACCGUGGACACCGGCGCGCAGUUCGACGCGGCGCGCGCCUUCCUCAGGGAACUGGACGUGCUGUCCCCAGUGUGGGUGGGACUGAAGCGCGCCCGGAACCAGCCCCACUUCCUGUGGACCUCUGAGUGUCGGCAUUCUUCCAGGAACGAGCAGCCCCUCUCCAGCGUGGGCUACUGGAACGAGCCCCUGCCCGGCUCCUCCGAGGAGCUGUGCGCCGCCGCCGACCCCGCGGCCGACUUCCGGUGGCACGGCCUCAGCUGCGGCGGCCUGGAGGUGGCGUCCUUCAUCUGCGAGCUGCCCGCUGACUUCGUAACUAACAGUUUCAAAACUCACUUACUGCAGAUAUUUUGUCGAAUUUCUUAUGUAAUAUGGAGAAAAUCUCCACCACAAUAUGUUGAUACAGUCAUUCACCGUAAGACAUUUAGAGUGCGCACUGAAAGUCUCAUAAUGCAUUGA